UGCGUCUGUAGUGAACUGUAGGGUUUUUUCAGACUUUGAAGAAAACACAGGAAGAUGAAGUCUGCAGGAGUGUGCGAGAGCCUUCUCUUCACGGAGUCGUACUGCAGCAUCUGUAACGCUCAGCUCAUCUCCCAGUCACAGCGCAUCGCUCACUACCAGAGUAAGAAGCAUGCCAGUAAAGUGCGUCUGUUCUACAUGUUGCACCCAGAGGACGGCGGACCCCCCUCGAAACGCCUCAGACCAGACAACCCUGACAGUACUGAGGAGGUGGAUGUUAAUAAGUGCUGUAUUCAGUGUAAUAUGUUCUUCACCUCUCUGGUUGUGGCUCAGUCUCAUUAUCGUGGAAAAACACACACCAAGAGAGUUCGUCUAAUGCAGGGAGAGACAGAGACCCCCCAAGACCACCACACCCAAACAGACCCCGCCCCUGAGCCCCCUCACUGCACCGACUCUCCUCUGGCUCCGCCCCCUGUGUGGUCCUGGUGCAGCAGCAGCGCUGAGUCUGUGCGGUUCUGCUGCCUGUGUGGAGCAUGCUUUAAUAACCCCCUGAUGGCCCGACAGCACUACGGAGGGAAGAAACACAGCCGAAAUGCUGCCAGAGCACAGUUACUACGGCAACUCACCGGGCACCUGGACACCCUGGCAACCACAGGUCUCAGAGGCAGCUUCUCCUGCAGUGUCUGUGCGGUUUCUCUGAACUCUGUAGAACAGUACCACGCUCAUCUCCAGGGGUCCAAGCACCAGACCAACCUGAAGCAGCAGCAAAAAUGUGAUUCCAGCAACAUGUGA